AUGCUUGGCAGAAAAAAAGAAGAUAUUUGGAGACAAAAGUCAAGGGAAGUUUGGCUUAAGUUAGGGGACAGAAAUUCGAAGUUCUUUCAUGCUGCAGCAACAGUUAGAAGGAGAAGAAAUCAGAUUUGGGCGAUCCAAGACAAGCAGGGGAAAUUGUGGGACAAUAAAAGGAAAAUUGGUAUUAUUGCUACUGAGUAUUUUAUUGAUCUAUACUCGGCUCCAAGAAGUGUACCUUUCAGCAAUAAUGACAGAUUAAUUGAAGGAAAGGUUAACAUGGAUUUUAAUGCUUCUCUGGUGAGUAUACCAUCUGCUGAAGAAAUCAAAGAGGUAGUUUUCAGUCUUCAUCCGCUGAAAGCUCCGGGCCCCGAUGGUUUUUCGGGAUGUUUCUAUAGGAAGUAUUGGGAUCUAGUGGGGCAGAGCUUAAUUGAAGUUGUCAAAGAUUUUUUUGCCACGGGAACCAUGGAUGCCAGAUUCAAUCAUACCUUUAUUUGUUUGAUUACGAAGAUAGAUUGUCCUGUCAAGAUGGAGCAAUUUUGGCCAAUCAGUCUUUGUAGUUUCCAUUACAAGGUGAUUGCGAAAAUUUUGGCAAAUCGUCUUCGUCCUAUUAUGGAUGAUUUGAUUUCACCUUUCCAAUCCGCCUUUCUUCCUGGGCGAUGGAUAGCUGAAUCUUCUAUUUUGACUCAAGAAUUGGUACACAAAAUUAAAAAGAAGAAAGGGAAAGGAGGCCUUAUGGCAAUUAAACUUGAUAUGCACAAAGCCUAUGACAAAAGGAGAAAGAAGGAUGAUUACAAGAAGCUUAAAGAAAGUAUGAAGAAGAGACUCAAGGGGUGUAAGAUGAAGCUCUUAUCGUACGCACGGAGAUUGAUCCUUAUCAAAUCGGUGGCUGCCUCAAUGCCUGUUUACAACAUGUCUACCAACAAAGUCCCUAUCUCAAUUUGUCGUGAUUUGGAUGCUUUAGUGAGAAGAUACUGGUGGCUUGGUCACAUGGAGAAGAAUCGUUUCUUGGCUUUGAAGUCUUGGGAUAAAAUCUGCCAACCAAAAAGUUCUGGUGGGCUUGGCUUAAGAAGAUUUGAAGACAUGAAUAAAGCUCUUCUUACAAAGUUGGUUUGGUGCUUGGGUCAAAAUGAGCAAAAGCCGUGGGUUCAGUGUGUUCUAAGAAAGUAUUGUCAUCACCAGAAUUUUUGGUCGGUCUCUCCAAAGAGUAGUGACUCUUUUUUUUGGAAAAGUCUGCUGGGAAUUCGACAAGGAGUGCUUCAGAGUUCGAUGGCUAUAGCAGCUUCUGGUUCAACCAUAGAUAUGUGGACUCAGCCUUGGAUUCCAUGGAUGAAUUACUGUGAUUCAACGAAAGCAUCCGAUUCUCUUGUGUCGAGUCCUUCAGGGUAUAGCAGGAAUUUUUCGGCUGCUAAUAUUGUUUUAAUGACAGAUGCCUCUUGGAAGGAAGGUGUAGCAGGUCUUGCUGUGGUGAUGGUUAAUCUCUCUACUGGUGUGUGGGCUUACAAAUUAGCGAAGUCUUCUGCCUACUCAGCUUUGGAAGCAGAGACAAAAGCUAUUUAG